ACUUGGACGCCCUGCCUAAACAAUACAGGCAGCAGGACAAAUCCUUGGAAAUAGCGCCGCAUUCCUUGGCUAUAUCAUAGUCGGGCUUUACUGGUCGACUUAAAGAGUUUUUACUGCGUUUCCACGAUGAGCGACGUCGCUACAGGUAAUUUCAAACCUCGCUGAGACGAUGUGAUAGCACAGCCGCACUCUGUUAGCGAACGUUAGCCAGGAGUCCGAUGCUAGCCGAGUUAGCUCACGUACGUGACAACCCGGCAGCUAGUAGAAAAAGUUAUCCGAGAGAAGCCGUUUUGCGAGUGUAACGCAAUGUCGACCAGCUCCUGAACAUUGUCGUUUAUUAGGUGUAUGUGUCAGCGAAGCAGCCGAUCGGCAAAGUCCGAUGUGUUUCUAUCCGUUGGCACCGCUGUGUGGUUGAUACUCAAGCUAGCAAGUUGAGUUAGCUUAGCCGCGACACACACGACAACAUCCACCAAACUGGACAAAACAUUGGAUUUAGUCGGGUUUAAAUCGGGCUCGGCGGGUUCGCUGACCCCCCAGAAAAAGAUGAAGAAGAGGAAGGAGCUGAACGCGUUGAUCGGCCUCGGGGACAGCAAGAGGAAGAAGACCAAAAAGGGCUCCGGUCACCGACUUCUCCGAACCGAGCCGCCGGACUCGGAGUCCGACUCGAGUUCGGACGACGACGACUUCAACAACCUGAACAGCGGAGCCAACUUUGGAAAAAGAAGCUACACGCAGUGCUGCAAUGUGUGCUACCCCUUGUUUCUCUUCAUCAUACUGGCGGCCUGUGUCAUGGCCUGUGCUGGACUCAUAUGGAUGCAGAUUGCUCUGAAGGAAGAUCUGGACUCGCUGAAAGAAAAGCUGCACAGCAUGGAAACCAGCCAGAAGGCAUCUGCAAGCGAACUACCCAAACUAAGUGAGGACCUGAAAAACAAGGAGAGGAAGCUUGACGACAUCGAGAAUGGGGGCAAGGGGUUGAGCAAACUCUGGUCUAACCUGACAGAAAUGAACCGGAAGAUCAGUUUGCUAGACUCUGCUGUAAACCAUUUAAAGGCCAACUUGAAAUCAGCUGCUGAUUUAAUCAGCCUGCCCACAACCGUUGAAGAGCUUCAGAAGAGUGUCGCUACGAUUGGCAGCACACUAACAAGUGUGCAGCAUGAUGUGAAGACUAUGCAGGCUGCUCUUGAAAAUCAGAAGAAAGAUGACGACAUAAAGAAGACAACGGACAUAACGGACCUGAGAAAAGCCAUGAGCGACGUCAACAAGACAGAGGAGCAGCACCACACGUGGACUGAUGAGCAGAUCCACAUCCUGCUCUCUACGGUCGCAGAUCUUCAUCAGAGAGUGGCCUCUUUAGAGAACAGCUCAAAACAAAACGUAAACAGCAAUGAUGCAACAGCUCAACUGGCAAUCAGCAGUGAAAGUCCAACGACUGAGGCGGUGAAAGAAGCUACCACAACCAAAGCAACACCUGGGAGUGUUCAGGAGCUGUCCACUCCACUGACAGAGCCGCAGACAAGCAGACGUCCUCGUUUCUUAACUCCCAACCGCUCCAAGAGACAUGCUGAGACAGAAUGUCCAAAGAAGUUAUCCAUGCCUGGUGUCAGUUCUCUGAAAGACUUGGAGGACAUCUUCCAGCAGGCAGGUAUUGGACGUAAUUCACUCGGAUUGACCUACCAGGACCUGAGGAAAGUAUUUGGGGAAUCAACUCCCAGUAAUCACGCUGUGCUGUGCUUUGACAAUGACGGGGACCAGAGGUACUCCCUGAUGGAACUGAGAGCCGCUCUAGGUUUGUGAGCACAUCAUUGCUGACAGCGGUGAACAGUACUGAAAACCCAGCGGGGUCUGGGAGUUCGGGGUUCCCGACCCUUUUCUGUAAUUGCUGCACUUUUGUGAACUGAAUAUUUAUCAUACUGAUUGUGGAAAAAGUGGCGCUGGCAUGCCCCCUACUCACUCCCCCUGGUCCAUCUCAGCAUAACCUCAGCCACAAAAGCAUCGCUUAAAUUUUAACAGUAUCCAUAUGAGUAGAAUAUCCAGCUCUUAUUUUAUCUGAUUCCUCUGUUUAUAUGAAUAACCCAUGCAAAAAAAAAAGUGUUGUGAAUUACUUUGAAUCCCAUUCUCCACCCCCAGUCCUAAACUUGCUGUGUUUGUGUACCUGUUUUGUUUUUCUUUUGACCACCUGUCUCAUGUUAGUGUACCAUUUUUGUAUAUUUAGCUUCAGUUGAAGCUUUAACUGUUUGUCUGUUGAAGAUGUUCCCACCCAUUAACACACACACUCAAGUGGUACAACUCACCUAAACCUUAUUUAUAGGACUUGAGAUAGAAUUUUAUGAAUGUUUACAAAUGACUACUAGAAACCGUCACUGUCAGGAUUUGGUUUUGUUUUUAGACAGUUUCCUAACUUAUCUGAAACACACAAGUGAGCGUAGGGGUUGAAACUUUUGUAUGCUCUUUUCUAAGCUGAAUCUAACGUUUGGUUUCUCUUUUCGUUCCGUGUCUUUCCUCGUUUAUCUUUAGUAGGCUGCAAUUUGGAAUCCAGUAUUUACUCCAAUCUGUACAUUUAUCUGUAGUUUCUUUUCUCGAUGUUUUGCAGAUUUGAAGGGCUAUGAACACUUUGAAUCACUCAGAAAGAAUUUUGAAGUGGUAACUCGUGAGGCAUAUGUAGCAAUAACAAAAUGAAUUAGAUAUUGCUUGUUUAGGAUUGCAGUGGAGAAAAGGCACACCUAGCUCACAAUAUGUAACAGGUAGUAUAAGAAGCACUGACCACCACUCCUUACUUGAUUCCUUUUAUUCCAUUUAAAUGGCAUAAUAGUGGUGUAUUUACAUAACAAAUUUGUCAUAUUCAGACUUUGUUGUAUUCUGUAAAAAAAAAAAAAAAUUGUUGAAAUGUGUUCUCAACCAAUUAUAUCGUGAAGGGGGUCAGGUUGGUAAAGAUUUGCUUUACGGUCUUAAUCUCAACAUUUUACAUUUUUUAAAAUAAUUCUGUUGUGCUUUGCAUGUUGCUUUACAUGUAACAUGAAAAAAUAAUUAUUUAUAAAUUUAACAUAGUCGACUGUUUGUUUUUUGCAGGACAAUGGUUAGUCGAGCUUGAAACGUAACGGCUUUGGCCACCAUGACGUAGAUUUUGGGUCCAUGCUGCUACUGUAUGCGGGAGAUUUUAUGAAUGUCUUUUCGUUUGAGCACCGAUGAAUAAACACACAGUUAAAGGUC